AUGGAUGAUGCAUCCAUCGAGCUAGCGGCUAGCGCGCGCCCCAGCUUAAUUAAACAACUCCGCACGUCCCUGUUGCUGGCGCUAGCUAUCUGCUUGCUGUCGCCGGCCGCCACCAGCUCUUGGGAACCGAAUUUACGUGACCACCUCGAUCGAUCCAUGGCCGCCUCCGUGUUCCUCGCCCUCGUCACCGUCCUCCUCGUCCUGCCCGUUGCUCGCGCCGAGAUCAAGACGACGCCCAUUGUGUCCGACCCCCGCUCCGUCAUCCUGUUCGAGGAGUUCGGCUUCAGGCCCGGCGGCCACGCCACCGUCUCCGUCACCGGCGUCACAUGGAAGGUCCCUGAGGGGUCUCAGCUGCAGGCCGCGGACCCGUCCCUCAUGGGCUUCAUCCUCAUCUCCAACUCCCUCUUCUUCAACAUCAACAACGAGUCCGAGCACGCCGAGGCCACCGGCGGCGCCUUCUGCCCGCUCACCAGCAAGUACGUGCAGCCGCUCUUCCGGCUCAAGGACAUCGCGCCCGACGGCACGGGGAAGGGCUCCGUGACCAUCGACGCCGCCGACCAGUACACGGUGCUGUUUAGCAGCUGCCAGGAGGGCGUCGAGAUCACUAUGGACGUGCGCACUGAGAUGUACAAUGUGCGCCGCUCCGGCGCCAAGGAGUACCUGCCCGUCGGCCUGAUGCCGCUGCCGGGGAUCUUCGCGGCCACGUCCGCAGUGCACUUCGCGUUCCUGGGCGCGUGGGUAUACGUCUGCGUCAAACAGCGCAAGACGGCCGAGCGCAUCCACGCCGUGAUGGGCGCGCUCCUGCUGUUCAAGGCGCUCAAGCUGGCCUGCGCCACCGAGGACUCGUGGUACGUGGAGCGCACCGGCACGCCGCACGGGUGGGACGUCGCGUUCUACGUGUUCGGCUUCUUCAAGGGCAUCCUGCUCUUCACCGUCAUCGUGCUCAUCGGCACCGGCUGGUCCUUCCUGAAACCAUUUCUCCAGGAUCGCGAGAAGAACGUCCUCAUGAUCGUCAUACCCCUGCAAGUGAUCGAGAACAUUGCUUCGGCGGUGAUCGGGGAGACCGGGCCGGCGGGGAGAGACUGGCUGGCGUGGAACCAGAUCUUCCUUCUCGUCGACGUCAUCUGCUGCUGCGCGGUGUUCUUCCCCAUCAUCUGGUCCAUAAGCAACCUGCGGGAGGCGUCCAAGACCGACGGCAAGGCGGCGCGGAACCUCCAGAAGCUCACCCUCUUCAAACAGUUCUACCUGGUGGUGGUCUGCUACCUCUACUUCACCCGGAUCGCCGUCUCAGCGUUCGCCGCCGUGCUCAACUACAAGUACCAGUGGGUCGUCAAUGUCUCCGUCGAAACGGCGAGCCUUGCCUUCUAUGUGUUCGUGUACUAUAACUUCCAGCCGGUGGAGAAGAACCCGUACCUGUAUGUUGGUGACGAGGAAGAGGAGGCUGCUGGUGGGCAGCUUGAGCUGGAGAGCACUUUCGAGAUAUGA